AUGAGAUCUAUUUGGUGCAAGGAAUGGCUAAGAAAAAGGGAACUGUUCUCGCAUAUAAAUCUAUUAAAUGAAUUCAAAGAAGCACCAAGGGAUUGGCAUAAUUAUCUUCGCAUGGACGAAGAAACUUAUUUAAAAUUGCUAAAGAUGGUUUCACCUCUAAUUAGAAGACAAGAUUCUAUUAUGCGUAAAGCUAUUUCGCCACACGAAAAGUUGACGGCAACAUUAAGAUUUCUCGCAACUGGAAGGAGUUAUGAGGAUUUAAAGUUCACAACAUUAAUAUCUCCUCAGGCAUUGGAUGUAAUUAUUCCUGAGACGUGUGAUGCUAUAUCUAAAGUACUGGAGAAAAAUUAUUUCAAAUUUUCACAAACAGAAGAAGAUUGGAAAAAGACAGCAAAGAAAUUUGAACAACGUUGGAACUUUUCACAUUGCCUAGGCGCGAUUGAUGGCAAACACAUAGACAUUAUUCCUCCUAGUGGAAGCGGGUCUUAUUACUACAAUUAUAAAUGUCGUCAUAGUAUGGUGCUACUUGCAAUAGUAAAUGCAAACUACCAAUUUAACAUGUGUGACUUUGGAGUUAAUGGCAGGAUAUUAGAUGGAGGUGUACUUCAAACAACCGAAUUCUAUGACAAGCUACAAAAAAACGAAUUGAAUAUUCCAUCAAACGACCCAAUCAAAAAUAGUUCUGAAAUACUGCCAUACAUAUUUAUUGCUGAUGAUGCUUUUGCUUUGAGAACGAACAUUAUGAAACCAUUCCGUCAGUCAGAUCUUACUUCAAAAGACGCAUUGUGGAAAACGCUUUUGGUAUAUUGGUUUCUAGAUUUAGAAUAUUUAAAACACCAAUAA